AUGGUAGAUGAAGAAUUACAUUUUAAAACUGUUUUGAGGAGGAAGAAUGCUGCAAAAGCCAGAAUUUAUAGAAAGAGUGUUAUUGAUGACAAGAAAUCUAAGAGGUUGAAAACUGCUCUAAAAGAAAACGGUACAUUUGAUAAAAGACGCGACAAUGACUCAACAACUUUGAGGAUACCACUAUCAGAACUUUUGCCAAACAUACUAAAUGACGGUCGUGGUAUAGCCAACGUUGAAGUAAGUCGUCAACUUCAUUCGUCCUUAAAGACUAAGCCAAGUACCAAUAAUAAUAUCAGAUCAAAAAGGAUAUCAAGCAGAAACAUUACCAAAUUAGGAGUUAACUUAUCUAAGAGGUUUGACAAUACAUUUGCUGCAACAACAUCAAACCAAGAUCCAAUACUAGAAUUGCAACUCAAUGGGCUUUUUGCAUCUGAGAGUGGAGACGAUAAUAUGAAUGAUGAAUCUGACGGUUACAGUUCAGCAACAAAUUCAAGUUUUGAUGAAGAUGAAAUGUCUAAUGGAACAGAUGCUAUGGAAACUUUUGAAAUUACAUUAGGAGGGUAUUAUGAUAUAGGGGAUCCUGUCAUUGAAUGUCAAUAUUCUGGUGCAAAUAUGUGGUAUUCGGAAAGGAAAAACAAAUGUUGUCAUGCGUCCAAUCCUAAAUUUUCCAUGUGUUGUGGAUCAGGAAAAGUUCAGUUACCUUUGUUAAAACCCGCUCCUAAAGUUCUACAACAUCUGUUGUUUGACAAUGAAUCAUGUGAAUCAAAAAAUUUCCAACAACAAAUUCGAAUGUACAACGUUAUGUUUGCAUUUACAUCUCCCGGUGCGAAAGUGGACAAUCGAUUUAACAACGGUAGAUGCCCUCCCAAUUUUCGUAUCCAAGGUCAAUCAUGUCACCGAAUAGGAAGCAUGUUACCGAUGCCAGGUCAAAAUCCACGAUUUGCACAACUAUAUGUUUAUGACACUGAGAAUGAAAUUGAAAACAGAAUGCAUGGAUUCAGGUCAAAAAGUGGAGUUGAUGUUAAUAUUGUGAGAAAACUAUCUGAAAUGUUAUAUGAACAUAAUGUUCAUGCACAAUCAUUUCGCAUGGCAAGGGACAGACUUUGUGAAGAAGGUGUUUCUGAUUUAAAACUUCAUUUAAUAUCUUAA